AUGGACGUAAGGCUCACCAAAAUUCAAAUCCAUCACUGAAAUUGCAAAUUGAAAUUUUACGUAUACCUAUAGGUAGUAUAAUAAUUAUUAAUUAUUAGAUGAUUGAUAUGAUCUUCAGUCGGUACUCGUUAUAAUUCUAAAUAGUCGAAAGUACGUACAACGUACCUAACUCUUUUACGCGCAGUGCAUUUAAUAUAAUAAUUGUUUAUGUGACGAUAUAGUCAUAUUAUAGAUCUUCAAAAUCAUGAUACAUAAUUAGAAUAGUUUAGGUUUGAUGUCAAAUAGUAGCCGAUUAUUAUUCCACGAUCUACGAGCGAGCUGGGCUACAAUAGGAUUUCAGUGUACCUAUUUGUGUACUGAAUCUGGUGUACAGUCACUCAAGAGUUUGGGAGAUAUAGCAAUUCAUUGAAAUUAGUUACGUUAAAAUACCGACUCAUCAAUAAUGAAUUUAAUAUGGAGACAGCCGAGUAAAUUUUACUCAAUAAAUCUGAUGAAACAGCAACGUCAAGAGUUGUCAUAUAAAAAACUAAACGAAUUACGCAAAAACGCUACAUUGUGUGAUUUCACUAUAAAGACAGUAGAUGGAGAUAUCAUACAUGUUCACAAAUAUGUUCUAAUGAGUAAUUGUAUGUAUUUUGAAAAAAUGUUGAGUGAAAAAUCUAAAGAUAAUGAUCAAAAGUGUAUUCACAUACUAGUUAUUGAUAGCGAUAUUUUACAUGCUUUGAUCGAUUAUAUUUAUACGGGUACAUUGAUUCAAAUCCACGAAGAAAGUGUUGAAAGAAUACUGAAAGGAGCUGAUAUCUUACAACUAUUUGGUGUUCAAGAUUUAUGUAUUGAGUUCCUUCUGAGAUCAAUAAACGGUGAAAAUUGGUUGAAAAUUAAAACAAUAGCUGAUUCAAGAAUGAUGGUCAAUUUGCCUAUUGUAUGUUUUCAAUGGGCUAUAAAAAAUUUUGAUAAAGUAUUCAGAUGUGCUGCAUUUUUAACUUUAGAUAUUAAACAACUUAAGCAGUUAAUUGAUAACAAUGAAUUAAAUCCUGGAGAAGAAGAAAAUGUAUAUAAUGCUAUUCUAUUAUGGGUGAAACAUGAUGAAAUAAACCGAAAACGUUUUUUACCAGAAUUAAUUACAUUAGUUAGAGUGCCACUUAUAAAUUAUAUGUAUGUGUAUAGAUUACUCCAAGAAGAACCUCUUAUUACUUCCAAUCGUAUAUGUUUUGAAUAUCUUAUAAAAUUACAUAAAGAUAUGUUUUACAAACAUAAUAAAACACCUAAUCGUGAUCCUGUAAGACGCACGCAAAGGUGCUUUAUGGUUCGUAGUCUACCUUGUCUAUCAUGUUAUGUUGCUGAAAAUGAAACGGAUGAAUAUGAUUCAUCUUCCGAUUUGGAUACUGAAAAUAUUCCCUGAUAAAACUGUUUUCACAAUAACAAGGCAUUGCAAACUAUAGAGGAAAAAAUUGGAAAAUAUUUUAUGGUGAUUAAUUAUUUUAAAAUUAAAAAUGUUAUAAAUCCUGUAUUAUAUCCUAUUCUUUCUAUCAAUUAUGUUAUAUAUCUAUGUAAUAUUGUUGUAUCGUUUAAAUAAAAUAAGGUCAACAUCAUCCAUGAAGUGAACGUAAAAUAGUCUGAUAAUUAGAUUAAACAUUAUAUUUUUAAUUUACAAAUGUUCUCCUUUUUGUAUAAUUUUAAACAAAAUUAAGCUAUCAAUUCAUUACAUUUAUAUAAUAUUAUUGUUACCAUAUGUUAAUGAUAACUAGAACAUAGACUUUCAUGUAUUUGCAUAUUUUUUUCCGCUUAACUUUAUCAUAUUUAUAUGCUUAGUAAGUACACAAUACAUUUCACAACGCUUCUGAUCAAUUACUCAAUGUUUUUAGUGCAUAUUUUAAUAGUUUAUCAAAAAUCAAGAACUUAGGUAAAUAUUUGUCAUAAAUUAAGGUCAACAACUAUAUUAAAUUUGAUUAAAGAAUGAGAUAUGUA